UAACUCCCUCAUGAUGUUGCUGGUGGAACCAAAUCUCUGCCUGUGCCACAAGCUACUGGCCCAAAAUCUGUUCGCUAGCAUGACAUUAUCUGAAUAGCCAUGUCAGAAAUUAAAACAUGGGCAUUUUGGAGGGCAGCUCUGGCUGAGUUUCUGGGAACAAUCAUCUUCAUCUUCAUAGGCCUCUCAGCUGCAAUUGGAGACAAAAAUAACUCUUACCCUGACCAGGAGAUAAAAGUGGCAUUUGCCUUUGGCUUGGCUGUUGCCACAUUAGCGCAGUGCAUAGGUCACAUUAGUGGUGCCCACCUGAACCCUGCCGUCACCCUGGGCCUCCUGGUCAGCUGCCAGAUGAGUGUGCUCAGAGCUUUAUUCUACAUGGUUGCUCAGAUUCUGGGAGCAGUGGCUGGCAGUGCCAUUGUGUAUGGUAUCAGGCCAGAAACCACAGAUUCACUUGGUGUUAACAAGGUUUCUAAUGGCUUUUUCUUGGUGCAAGAGUUGCAAAACUGGAGGCAAAUACAAUCUUCUAAUCAUAAUUAAUAGCAUCCUGCUCAG